AUGUUGGCAAAAUGGCCCGGUUACACGCUGACGGGUGGUAACCCUAUGUAUCCGGUGCUGCGCGUGUGGAACACGAGUAACGUCAUGUCGCUGAACGUGAACUAUCGCCUGCCUGUGACGGAGAGCAGCCCUGACUGCACCACCGUGCCCGAGCUCGGCAAGGCCGUCACCUGCCCCGCCAUUUCCAUCCAUCGGUCCUACGGCGUGCAGAUUGGCAAGGUGGGCAAGGGAGUGGCAGAGCUGGGCAAGGGAGUGGCAGAGCUGGGCAAGGAGUGGCAGAGCUGGGCAAGGAAUGGCAGAGCUGGGCAAGGAAUGGCAGAGCUGGGCAAGGAAUGGCAGAGCUGGGCAAGGAAUGGCAGAGCUGGGCAAGGAAUGGCAGAGCUGGGCAAGGAAUGGCAGAGCUGGGCAAGGAGUGACAGAGCUGGGCAAGGAGUGGUGUGCCCCGCGACGCACCCGUCUCCUCCACAGGGCACCGUCUUUGGCCCAGUUUACGUGGAGAGAAGAACAGGCACGCGCCAAGACUCACAAAAGUUCUCUUGUCUGGAUUCUUCCGGUGGACGUGGUGCUCCUCAUCUUUCCACGUGCCUCCACUCUCAUCCCCAUUCCCUCUCCUUCUCUUCCCCUCACAGCACCGUCUUUGGCCCAGUGGGUGUGCAAUGGAGCAUGGCCAUGCCGCGUGCGGCUGGACUCACUAACGCUCACUGGAGUGGUUUCUCUCUCUUUUUCUCAUCCCACACGUCGUCUCAAGCUCCCGCAUGCCUCCAAGCUACCCCCUAUCCCGUCUACCUCUCUCCCCCCCAGGGCAACAUCUUUGGGCGAGUGGACGUGCUACGCAGCAUGGACGUGCGCCUGGACUCACUCUCGGAAACCGGAGUGGCUUCCUUUAUCAAGUCGCCUGGGGUGAUCCGAGUGGCCCUGUGUGGGUACGGGCCGGGACUUCUCAAAUCCAACAUUGUCAUCUCCAACAAUGAGGUGUACGGUGAAGGAGCAGUGGGCACAGCAAUAACAAACAACAACAUCCAUGGCUAUAUCUUCUCAUCACCAUGCUCUUUCCCGCUUUUUCCCUUAACCCACCCCCCCCUCUUUCCUUGCCUGCAGGGGUGA